CAUGCUGUCCCUGCCCCCCCAGGUGUGGAUCCUGGGACCGACCUGCGUGGGACGGGAAUGCUGGGGCUGAUGCAGAUCCUGUUCUUCGUCCUGGACUCCCGGACGCUGCCGCUGGCCAGGGAGAUCUUCCAGCUCUCCCAGCAUGAAACCCAGAAUUUUCCCUUCUGCAUCAUGUCCGUGAACAUCACCCGGAUCGUCGUCCAGGCGCUGCGGGAGGAGCGGCUCUCCCGGGAAUGCAACCGCCGGCAGCAGGUCAUUGGGGUGCUGAAUGACCUGUACGCCGCUGCCUUCCUGCGGCUCUUCCGCCUCUGGAAGCGGCAGUGCGGGACUGUCGCCGACGCCGGGUCCUUCCUCAAGGAGCUGGAAUUAUCCACCAAAAAGAAGCCAAGGCAGCUGCUGAGAUCCCUGGAAGCCUAUGUGAGCCACGGUCUUCGGCCUUCCUCCCCUCCUUCCCCCUCCUCCUCCUCCCAGAUCCACUUCACCAGCAUCUGUGACCCUGUGGUCGAGCUGGAGGGAGAUUCCCGGCUGAUCUGACACAGAGCAGGAUGCUGCACAGGGAAUUCUGCUGGUGGAUCAGCCCUUGGAGGGGGACAUGCUGGUGUCUCCCCUGGUUUGGGGGCUCGGGAAGGGCCAGGAGAGGUCACAGAGCCGGGAUUCACCUGCUCCAGGUGGAAAUCCCUGGAAGUGAAAGAGGAAAGGCAGCCUGGC